AUGGAGGGAGGAGUUUGGAAGGCUAAUGUUGAGAUAUCGCCCAAUUGUCCCCGUUGCGGCUCUUCCAAUACCAAAUUUUGCUACUACAACAACUAUAGCCUCACACAGCCCCGCUACUUCUGCAAGGGCUGCAGGCGGUAUUGGACCAAGGGCGGAUCACUCCGGAACGUGCCCGUCGGCGGAGGCUGCAGGAAGAACCGGAGAGGCAAGUCGUUCAGGAUAUUGACCGAUCGCCUUGCCUCCAAGGGUUUGGCCAGUGAUCCUGACCCCGACCCUAGUGGAAGUGCCUUGGCUGACUCCGCCACUACCUCUUCUGGGCUACACGAUGCUUCCGCAUCCAAUAUUGAUCUUGCUCUUGUUUAUGCCAACUUCCUAAACCAGAUGCCGGAGCCAAAGUCAACAGGGUUUGAAAUGCCAGAAUUGCCUUGUGAAUUCCAUCCAUCUUUCCAGCUUUCAUCAACUCUUUCAACGUCGAACACCAGCCUGGAUUCAUCACAUAUUCAAUUACCGCCGGACACUCAUUUGAGUGAGGAUAACCAGGUCUAUCUUAGUGGCUUCCACCCUAUUCACACCCAUCAUGACCAUGACUCUGCCAAUAUUUAUGGGCUGCCACCACUGCCAGGCCAAGAGGUUGCUUCUCCGGAGAUGUUGUGGCCCAUUUCUCAAGCCAUGGUUCAGAAUCAGACCUUGCACGAAACACAAUUGCCAGCUCUGCACCCAGAAGCUGCUCAACAUCCAAAUCAUGUAGCUGUCACUGCUGGUAACUGGAGCCCAUUUGAUUUGUCAUGCUACGAAACCUUCUCUCGGCCUUGA